GUUCUCACGUCGACCUGUCUAUCUUGAGAAAGUCAGCCUCCGAAAUCAGGCCGGGCGAGGUGCCCCGCAGCAGACAGGGGGAACGAUCCGUUGUUGUCUUACCUUCUCUCUCUCACCUCAACUCUGCGACUGUUUCAUCUGUCAUAUCUCCCUCUCACUUUCCUCGAACCAUCCCGAGUGGACGAAAGCGCCGUCCAUGUAAUUGUACCUUGAGGGUAUCGUCACCAUGGCUCCCAAGACCGAUUUCCCGCCCGUCCGCGCCUGUCUGUUCGACAUGGAUGGGUUGCUUCUCGACACCGAGGAUCUCUACACGCUCUGCAUCAACCUGAUCCUAGAAAAGUACCAGCGCCCCCAGCUGCCGUGGAGCAUCAAAGCCAAACUACAAGGCCGCCCCGGCCCCGUCGCCAACAAGCUCUUCCACGAUUGGGCCCAGCUGCCCAUCACCCAAGAGGAGUACAUCAAGCAGCUCUACGCCCUGCAGGCCCAGCACUUCACCACCACCCAGCCUCUCCCGGGCGUGCCAGAGCUCCUCUCCAAUCUCGGCCGCACCCGCUACUGGGACCUCCAGAAGGAGGAGCAAAACCAACCCGCCAGCAACGGGCAGGUCCCGCACCGCGUGCACAUCGCCCUAGCCACCUCAUCCCACGAAGCCAACUUCCGCCUCAAGACAUCCCAUCUCUCAGAACUCUUCUCCGUCUUCCCUACAACGCGCCGCGUCCUCGGUGACGACCCGCGCAUCGCUCCCGGCCGCGGCAAACCCCUACCCGAUAUCUUCCUGCUCGCGCUGCAAACCAUCAACGACUCCCUGCCGCCCAACGAGAAGCCCAUCACCCCUGAUGAAUGUUUGGUGUUUGAGGACAGCGUACCCGGCGUCGAGGCCGGGCGGAGGGCGGGUAUGCGCGUCAUCUGGUGUCCGCACCCGAUGCUGAAAAAGGAGUAUGCCGGGCGCGAAGCCGAGGUGCUCGCAGGCCGGACGGGGGAGGCGGGCGAUGUGGAUCUGCAUCAGGUCGGUGAGGUGGAUGACGGGUGGGCAGAGUACCUGCCUACGUUGGUGGAUUUUCCGUAUGAGCGGUACGGGAUUGUGGUGCCGCCUCUUGAGGUGGAGAAAGAACAGGGGAUGAUGGAGGGCGGGAAGGUGGACGAGGGGGAAGUGGUGCAGGUUGUUGAGACUGCGUAGGCACUGGAGGGGGUUAACGGGAGCGCGGGGUUCCCUCGACGAUGAUUUGGGCGAAGAUGGAGAAUGGGUCAUGUUAGGUUUGCAUUGGCGGGAUGGCAUCAUGCAAGCUUGCAUGAAAGAGGGAAUAGAGAUGUUCGGGUUGCUAUUUUGAGGCAGGGGCGUCGACAUGGCCUGGAGAUUGUGAUGGAUGAUCAUCUGUCUCCUUUUAUUCAACAAAAGUACCGGAGAUUGCGGUGACGGACAA